UGCAUGAUGCAUAAGAGAAUCAAUCAAUCAGAGUCGUCUAUUUCCUUCUCCCAAGGAUAGAAAUAAAGACUCUGAUUGGUUAAUUUUCUUAUGCAUUAUGCAUUUCGUGUUAUGCAGAAGUCUGUGUGGGUGCCCUAACCUGUUGUUCCGCAGUGGAGCAGUGGAGGGGUAUCUUCGGGAUUGUCCCGCGAUUUAAUGCGAAGAAAUGCCUUUAUUUGAUGAUGAAACGAACAGUUGAUGUUGAUCAUUAUUAGUCUGUGUAGACGUGGUGCUUUUACUUCCAGAAUUCAGAGCUUCCCGCACAAAACGUCAGUAAGAAUCUAAAAUCGACAGAAUUUGAAGAAAUUGUGAAAUAUCAAUUUGAUUUGACUACGAGCCGGGUGGUCGAGCUCAAUUCUCAAGUACCCUAAUAUAUUCAGAUCCAAAUUCCUCUGUAAUUCGAGAGUGAAAAUAAAAUGAUGGAGUCAGUAGAGGAUGAAACUGUAUUUACACCUAGAGCAUAUCAAAUAGAUCUCUAUGAAAGGGCAGUGCAAAGUAAUACGAUACUUUACUUGCCAACUGGUGCAGGCAAGACAUACAUAGCCGUCAUGCUCCUGAAGCAUCUGAGUGGAAAUAUACGCAAACCUUAUCAAGAAGGUGGAAAACGCAGUAUAUUUAUUGUAAACACAGUACCACUUGUAACUCAACAAGCAGACUAUAUAAGCAGACACACAGGCCUAAGUUGUAAAGGUUACAGCGGGGACAUGAAGGUGGACUUUUGGCAGGAGUCGCAAUGGUUGACUGAAAUAGAGGAACAUCAAGUUUUAGUGAUGACAGCGCAAAUUUUCUUGAAUUUACUUAUACAUGGAUAUAUGAAGUUAAAUAGAGUAAACUUAAUAAUAUUUGAUGAAUGUCAUCGAGCUGUAUCUGAUCAUCCAAUGAGACAAAUUAUGCAACAAUUUGAAAAUUGCUCCAAGGAAGAUUAUCCACGUGUUUUAGCUAUGUCAGCAACAUUAUUAAAUGCUAAUGUAAAAGUAUACAAGAUUGAAUCAACAAUUAGGUCUUUAGAAAUAACUUUCCAUGCGAAAAUAGCAACAGUAGAAUCGACGGAUUCUAUUCAAGGAUGCUGUACAAAUCCAAAAGAAACUAUUAUUGAAUAUAAGGAAUAUCCAGUUCCAAAUGUAAUGGAAAAGAUAACUCUAAUUAUAAGUACAACUAUGAACAGUUUAAAAAAUGUAAUGUUUAAUUUGGAUCUAAUAUAUAAUGAAUCCAGUAAAGAAAUGCGGCCUAAAUCAAAAUCUUCUAAGCUACAGGCUAUUUUCAAUGAUGUAGCAGGAACUUCAUUAAACACUGGCAUAUAUGGUGGAAGCAAAUCCGCUUUGUUACACUUAAUCCAGCUAGAGAGUUUAAGAAGAUACUCUGAUGACCAAAUGACAAAUAAUAUUCUGGAUUAUCUUAUUACGCAAGUAAUGCUAAUAAGAAAACUGUUUGAUAAUGAGAUGAAGGAUUAUACAGAAUUGGAACGAUUGUACAAAUUUUCAUCUGACCAAAUUCACAAGUUAUUUGAAAUAUUAUUGGAAUAUAACAAUAAAUUAAGCAAACAAAAGUUUUGCUGUAUUAUUUUUGUCAAAGAAAGAUUUAUGACAAAAGUGAUAUAUCAUAUAUUAAAAACACUAGCUGCACAUGAUACACAAUACAGUUUUCUUUCGCCCGAUUAUGUGGUCGGAUUUCAGAAUAAUCCUUACAAGAAUAGUAGAGAAGUUUCGUGUAUUGCAAAAUGGAAUAAGGAAGUAUUGCAAAGAUUUAAAAAUGGCUCGAGUAAUUGCAUUGUAGCGACUGAUGUCGUCGAUGAAGGUAUUGAUAUACCAACUUGCACAUUAAUAAUACGAUAUGAUAUACCAAUGGAUUUUAGAGGAUAUGUUCAAAGCAAGGGUCGGGCACGCCACAAUAUGAGUAAUUAUAUACUCUUAAUGCGGAAUAAUGAUCCAGAUUUUCUUCAGAGAUAUUAUCAGUUCAAAGAUACAGAAUCACAAUUAAAAAGGAUUUUGGUGGGACAAAGCGAUCAACGUAAGUUGCCUACACAAGGCGAUAUUAUAAACAGUUUGUAUACUGACUUUAAAAUAAACCCAUAUACAGUAAAACGUAAUGGUGUUGUGGAAAGUUGCCUAACAGAGGUAGCUGCGAUUAGUUUGAUAAAUAUGUAUUGCAGUACUCUAUUCAGAUCUAAAUUCGUUGGUUUGGUUCCGAUUUGGAAGUUGUAUAAAAAAGAUGAAUUUGGAAAAGAAUUAUAUAAGAUUUCUUUGAAAUUACCAAAUUUGUCGCCGUUGAAAACUGAAGUUUACGGCGAUUUUAUGGAGAGUAUAGAUGAUGCUAAACGAUCUGUCGCUAUGAAAACUUGCAUAAAAUUGCACGAAUUGGGAGCAUUGACGGACAAAUUAUUACCUGCAACUGAUGACGAAAUCAUGGAAAACUUGGACUUUUUGUUCCCAAAUUGGAUUAACGAAGAUAAUUAUUUGUCUGGUACAUAUAAAAAAAGACGAGAACAUCAGCUAAGACAUCCAUUAGCAUUUUACAGUGCAUACCCACAACCUGCACAACCAUUAUAUCUUCAUGUUCUUAAUUUUACUUCUAUUUAUCCUACAGUGGGUUAUGAUAAUAGAAGGAUAGUUUUUUAUAAUUUGCUAAACGACAAAAGCAGCUUUGGUAUUCUUUCCACAAAGAGUUUGCCAAAGAUACCUUCAUUUCCAAUUUUCAUGAAAGAUGGAAAAUUAAAUGUCAAUUUAAUAUCUAACUAUACUAUGAUAAUAUUGAAUGAAAGUGAUAUUCAAUUGCUUAAGAGGUUUCAUUUCGUAUUGUUUAGUAAUAUAAUUUCUGUUAUUAAAAGCUUUAUGGUUUUUGAUAACGACAAUUUUGAAAAUUCCUUCUUAAUUGUUCCAUUGAAUGAACAGCAGGAUAUAAAUUGGGACGCUGUUAAAACAUAUCAGGAUUUAGAUUUAAUUCCGCCGUCUAAACCUUUUCAUUUUAGGACCAGUGAUUAUGAAUUAGCACUGGUUACUCCAACUUACAGAGGGUCAGCAGCGGUCUAUGUAGUCACACGAGUGUGUGAUGACCUUACACCUGAAUCAGAUUUUCCUAAUGAAGAUUUCGACACAUUCACGCAUUAUUAUAAAGAAAAGCAUGGACUAAUUAUAGAAAAUCUGGAGCAAUUUAUGUUGGAGGUGAAACCAAUACCAGUCAAAAUUAAUUAUAUAAAACCGAGGAAAUUGCCUGACGGUCCAAUGAAGUGUAAAAAAACGGAUGAGACAGUGGAAGAUCUUCAGGAACAUUUAAUUCCAGAAUUAUGUCAAAAAAUAAAUUUCCCGGCUGUAUAUUGGUUAAAAGCGACCACAUUACCUUCUAUUCUUCACAGAAUUAAUCAAUUUUUAAUCGCGGAAGAUUUGAGAGUAACUAUUGCAAAAGAGACUGAAUUAGGAACAUUAACAUUAAAAGAUUUGCCUUCUUUAAAUAUAGAGGAAGAUGUUGAGAAAUUAAGUGAAGAGGAUUUUAAUAAUGGAUUGGAAUUGACAGAUGAUUCAAUUGAGAAAACUCAAGCAAAUCAAACGUAUUCAGAUUUAAAUAUGUUCGAUUUUGACAAUGAUAAUCCCUUCUUGAAGGACCAAGAACCUCGAGACUUAUAUCGUGAUAUAGAUCACAUUCAAAUGAUCGAUAUUCAUUAUUAUCAUCAGUUUAUGUUUACAAAUUGUGAUAAAGAUGAGAGCGCUAUGAAAAAUGUUAAUAAGAAAGUCGGGCAGUACAGCGAAAGAUCAACAGUAUCAGCACCAACGUUGAAUAUUUUUAAGGAUGAGCAGGAUCUUUCACAAGGUCCUACUUCAGCAGAAAUUAUGCAUGCAUUAACCACUAAACUGGGCUCAGAUAUGUUUAACUUGGAGCGAUUGGAAACUUUAGGCGAUUCCUAUCUAAAAUUUAUUGUAUCGCUAUAUUUAUAUCAUAAAUUUCCGAUGUUUAACGAGGGUCAUUUAACAGCGUUGAAGGGGAAAAUUAUUGGCAAUCGGAAUCUUUAUUAUUGCGGCAAUAAAAAAGAUAUUCCUGGGCGUAUAAAGAAUGAUGCGUUUGUGCCUAUGAGCAAUUUUAUUCCGCCCGCAUUUACGGUGUUACGCCAAUUGCAAAAGAUUUUACUGGAUGAGUCAGUGGCGCCAAAUGUGCUGUACGAAUUUGAAAUACCAGAAGUGGAGAGAUUUACCGGAUACAUAAGUGAAGAUACGAAAAAUAAAAUGCUGCAGACAGUGAUGAAUUGGGAUAAGGGGGAUAAACAAACUGGCGUCGAACAUUAUCUUGGUGUACAAAUCCUAGCCGAUAAAACCGUGGCAGAUUCGGUGGAAGCGCUAAUUGGCGUUUAUCUCAGAAGUAAUGGUAUAAAAGGUGCUGCAAAGUUACUCAAGUGGUUUGGUAUACUGCCUGAUACUGUUCAAAUUAAUGAGUUAUUGGAUAGCAGUACACAGAGUCCUGUAAUAAGCAGUGGAGAUCCUGACCAUCACAUGCCCUGGGCUGAUAAUAUAGAAGCCAAAUUUGGCUACAAAUUUAAGAAUCGAGCAUUUUUAUUACAGGCUUUUACACAUCCAUCCUACACGGCGAAUGGAAUAACCGAGUGUUACCAAAGAUUAGAAUUUCUUGGAGAUGCUAUUCUUGAUUUUUUGAUAACUUGCUAUAUUUAUGACCAUUGUGGAAUCUUAAGUCCUGGUGAUCUUACUGAUCUGAGAUCUGCACUCGUUAAUAAUAUAACUUUCGCUUGUUUGGCGGUACGGUAUGGUUUACAUACCGCCUUAUUGGCCUAUGCUCCAAAAUUGCAUGAAAUCAUUGAUCGCUUUGUAAAAUUUCAGGAAGAACGGAAUUAUGUAAUCGAUGAUGAAUUACUAUAUGUGUUAAUCGAAGAGGAAGAGUGUAAUCUGGUAGAGUAUGUGGACGUCCCGAAAGUUCUUGGUGAUCUAUUCGAAUCUUUAAUCGGUGCCAUUUAUCUUGAUAAUGGUAAAGAUCUUACAAAAAUCUGGGAAAUUAUCUAUUCUCUCAUGCAUAAAGAAAUAGAUAAGUUUAGUAAGUGCAUACCUAAACAGCCUGUAAGAGUGAUAUAUGAAAAUAAAGACGUACGUCCUAUGUUCCUAGAAGCGACAUUGAUCAAAGGUACUGGCAGAGUUAUGAUACCUUUGAAAAUCACUAUCGAUGGUAAAGAGAAAUUGUUCCAUGGGUUUGGUAUAAACAAAAAGCAGGCCAAAUGUGCAGCUGCAAAACAAGCAUUAAAAAGACUGCAACUCGAAAAAUAAGUUUUUUAAAAGAUUGUUUCAUAUAACAUACGUUUUUUUAUAUGCAUGUUUAUAAAUGUUAAUGUUUAUAGAUUUAUGAGUUUCGAAACUGAUCUUGUUUUCAUAUUAGCGCCACACUAUGCGCGAUUUAUAAUUCGUGAAUUUUCGUCCAUUCGCUAUUGUAAACCUCUCACACUAUUUGCGAUUCGCAAUAUGUCAUUCGUAAUUCGUCGUUUCUUAGUUUAUUUUACUUCGACUAGUUUCAGUAGUAUAGAUGUUUACUUGACCAUCAUUGUUCGUGUCAAAAAUGUUUUCUAGAAGAGCACGAUCAUUUGUUUCCAUUAUAGCAGCCAAAAUAAGAAUUACAAAUCAUCCGAUCAUUGCGAAUAGUGUGUUGCGACACGAAUGGAUUGAUUCGUAUUGAUUCGCGUCCUUUGAGAUUCGUCGAACAACCGCUCAGUCAGCGAAUCAGUGUGAAUGAUGAAUCGUUUUCUUUUUAUAUGAAUCGCAAAUACGCGCAUAAUGUGGCGCUAGCAUCAUGAAUACAACGAAACUUUAGCCAUUUGAUUAUGAAAGAAUGUCCAGAUAUUGUAUAAUUGGUUGGUGCAAAAAUUUUAUAAUUUAUAUAUAAAUAUCAAUUGUAAUUAGUCUAUUGUCUAUGUACUUAGGUCUAAUUUUUGGAUAUAAAACGAUUAAUUUUCUAUUUACUUUGAAUUUUCGUUAAAUUUAUAGAUAUUAACUUUUUUUACAAUUAAAAUAUAUAGUAUAUGUAAAAUAAACUUUCAUAGAUUUUAAAUGUUAUUAUUACAACUCGAAGCACGAUAAUAUCAUAGUAUUAUCGAUUUAAAUUUUCAAAAAGAAAAAAAAA